AAUCUCGGGAGCAAGCUCCUCUACGCGAAUCACCAAAGCUACGUAGGGAGCCACGGUCAGAGGGAGCCGUCGUGCGCGCGCGAACCGCCUGUCGACGACAGACACAGCACCUCCGCACGUCACGCCGUCACAAGCUCCCCCGGGUCACCUACAUAUAUCCAGCAUGGCCUUCGCCUCGUCCGGCACGGAGCCGGCGCAGCGCUGCCGCGAGAUCAAGAUCGUGCUGCUCGGAGAUUCGGGCGUGGGCAAGUCUUCGAUCGCGCAGCGCUACGUGACCGACACGUUCCGCCCGCACGGCGAGUCGACGAUCGGCGCGUCGUUCAUGUCCAAGAUGAUCGUGAACAACGGAAGCCCCUGCAAGUGCCAGAUCUGGGACACGGCGGGCCAGGAGAAGUACCACAGUUUGGCGCCCAUGUACUACCGCGGCGCCGCGGCCGCGAUCUUAGUUUAUGAUAUGACAAAGAAAUCAAGCUUCGAGAAGCUCCAGAAGUGGGUCGACGAGCUCAAGGAACGGGGCCCCGAGGGCAUCGUCCUCUGCGUGGCCGCGAACAAGUGCGACCUCGAGGAGGGCCGGGAGGUCGAAGUGGCGGAGGGCGCGGAGUUCGCCCAGAAAAGUGGAGCGGACUUCUUCGAGACGUCGGCGAAGAACGACGAGAACGUGGGGCGCAUCUUCACGACCCUCGUGACGAACGUCCAGCGCAAGAGCGAGGCGGCGCGGCCCGCGGGCGAAGCGAGGCUGGACGCGGCGCCGCCGAAGCGGACGUCGUGCUGCGGCUGAAGAGUCGGUCCCCCUCCUGUGUUUCUAAAGUUGGUUCUCUCUCU